UCCGAAUCCCAGGAUUUAAUAGUGUAUGUGAUUCAUCAUUGCGAUAUAAAUACUGCAAUGAAAAGAAAACCCAAAGCCGGUCCCAGAAAAUACGAUCGCAGAUCCAAAUUGAAAAGCCAAAAGGUUCAAGAACAAGAUGACUAUGACUUUCAAGAGGAGAACGAAGAAGAUGGGCAUCAUCAGCAAAGCGGGACAAUGCCCAACUAUGAAAUAGACAUGGAUAUUAACCAGCCGCAGGACAUGAGAAACACUCUUUCGGAGCAUGAUUCUGUGGAAUAUGAGGACAUGUAUGUCUAUCAAGAAAUGUCACAUUCUUCAACGCCAAUUUUAGAAUUGCCUGAAAUGGAAAAUAGAGAAGAAUUGCGAGAUAAUACCUCAGUCGUUACUUCAAGGGCGAAAAUGAUACAUACUGAAAAAAAAAACCGAAGAAGAUUAAUCCAGUUGAAACUAGAGGAAGGAAAAAUAAAAAAAAAUAUUGUGAGAGAAUUUUUGGAAGGUGUCAGACCAAGAACGAAAAAUGUCACUUAUCCUGUUCAAGAACACAGCAAGCCAUCAAUAGCAACUUUUCCUCCCAGGAAUUCUCGAAAAAGAAGGAAAAACCCAAGAUUUCAGGAAGAACUUUAUUCUGACCAUACUGAAAGUUUGGAUGAUUUAGAAGAACAAAUUAAAGAUAAUGUUCCAGAAAAAAGGACUAGAAGAAUAUCUUUGAGAAAAUCAAAUAUUAACAUUGGUGAUGCAGAAAUUACUGAAAAAACAAGAAAGUUGAAAGAAGAACAGAGUAUUGGUGAAUUUAGCUUCAAACAAGAAUUUGAACAGUGUGAACAACAAAAUGUAUAUGAAACACCUGAUUUAUAUGAAAUUCCUGAAUUUCAUUCAGAAACAAUAGUUAAAGAUGAAGCUUCGGAAUAUGCAAAUAUAAUUAGUCCUUCGAAACCGGAAGAUAAGAGAGAUGUUGAAGUUCGGGAUUAUAGUGUGGAGCAUGAAAUUAUCGAUCCUCUUCUGGAAUUAGCAGAAAUAUCUAUGCAACAUGCUAAAAGCGUUAAUAAAUGCGAUAUAUGUAACUCUGAAUUUUUGGAAAAAUCGCAAUUAAUAAGUCAUGUCCAUAUACAUAUCUGAUAAUAUACAAUCUACAUCAUCUUCUGAAAGAAGCUAGGAGCAAUGGAAAAAAUCACAAAUCAACAGAAACAAGUUGAUUGUUGGAGUGUAGGAGGAGGUUUGAGUCAACGGAGCUAAGGACUCCAUUGGCAGAUGAAGUAUGGAGUUUUAGGACGGAAACUUUGUGAAGGAUAUUCUGAAGAAGUUCAAUUACAUUACAAUAAACUUAAUUUUUUUUCCUACCUUCACCUUCCCUUCUCAAGAUAUUCAUCUUGGAUUUGACAAUUUUCCAAUUUGAAGUUUUCAUCACGUGAUAUGCUAAAUUUGAAUGCAAGUCUACUGGGAGAUAUUUUUUCUGG